UUUUUUUUUUUUUUUUUAAUUUAAUUUUUAAUUUCCCAUUUCCUUCAUCUUCCUCCUCCGAACACUCAUUUUCUGUGUGUUUCGAAGAGUAAUGAGCAGAACUCCAACCAUGGCGACGGUAACAGCCGCUUUAGAACGCUCUCUCCAGAACUGUUCUUUAAGCCACCGUCAAGCCACUCCGCCGGUUCCUUCCGAUUCACACGGCGGUUCUUCUACUCAUCAUCUCCACCUUAACUCUCAUCUUUCUUUACCUUACCACUGGGAGCAAUGUCUCGAUUUAAAGACAGGGGAGAUUUAUUACAUAAACUGGAGAAAUGGAAUGAAAGCAAAGGAAGAUCCGAGGUUCACAACAGAAGAUGAUCAAUACAGCGAUGAUUACUACUGCUACUCCGAUGACGACGACGACAACGACGACGACGACGACGAUAGCUCUUACGACAGCGAAGAAUCAUCAACAGAGUCCUCAAACAACAAGAACAAGAACAAGAACAUGGAAGAACAGCAAGAAGAAGAUGUAUUGGUGGUUGCAGGUUGCAAGAGAUGCCUAAUGUAUUUCAUGGUGCCGAAACACCUGGAAGAGUGCCCUAAAUGCAGCAGUGGUGAGCUUCUCUAUUUUGAUCGCUCUGAAAAUGACAUUCCAUGAAUCGCACAAACUUCUUUUCUUCAUUUCUGUUCUUUUCUUUUCUUCAUGGGAAAGAAGAAAGAAGAGAGAGAAAGUGGAGAAAUUAAGAGAGAGAAAACUUUGAUCUAUUUUUUAGGGUUUGAAAUUGUUCCCAUGUGUAUUUGUCAGAAAGGGGAGGCAUAUGGGGUUUUGGUUUUAGUUUUGGAUUUUAUUUUAGCCUUUUCUUUUAAUUAGUUCUUCUUUUUUUUUUUUUU